AUGGACAUUAAAGACAACAAACGAAAAUGGUACAAACCAGCGACCCAUUAUACAAAAAAAUCAAAGUAUUCAAUCGAAGUUGGAUUGAGUGGAUUCCUUUGUACUUGUAAUUUUCGAGAGAAAGAAAGUAUCAGAGAUGCAUACAGAUUAUUAGAAGAGUACCAUGGAGAUUCAAAAAAACUUGAUGAGCAGAAGCAAGAUGUUAAAGAUAAUGGUGUUGCUGACAAGGUAGAUCAGGAAGAUGAAGACAUUUCAGUGUCAUUGAGCAAAGAAAUUGAAGAGCUUAAUGAUCAGAAAAAACCUGACUCAGUUAAAACUUUUCAGAUUAUAAAAGAUUUAGCUGAGACCAAGAAACAAAAGAGUAGAUUUUUGUUACGCUUCAUACCUAUUCAAGUUGUUUCAAAAGCUAACAUUAAUGAUAUUACAACCAAAGCCACGAUUUUGUUUGAAAAAUACUUUGCUCAAGAGCCGAAAACUUUUUCUAUUGUUUUUAACCGGCAUUGCAAUAAUACAAUCAAAAGGGAGGUAAUUAUUGAAGCGUUGGCAGGAAUCGUAUUUAAAAAAAAUCCAGGAAACAAAGCUGACUUGAAAAACCCCGAGAUUGCCGUUAUUGUUGAAAUAAUCAAGGGCUGGUGUUUCUUGGCAGUCGCGCCUGAUUAUUUCAAGUAUAAAAAGUACAAUUUAUUUGAGCUUUGUAAUGACAAUAAGGAUAAAGCUGAAGUGAGAUCAAAUGUUGCCAAAAAGGAUCAGGAUCAAGGCAAGGAAGCUGAUGAAGAUAUCAGUAAUCAGAAGGCUAAAGAUGAAAAUAAUGAAAAAGUAGAAGAUCAGGGUCAAGCCAAAGUAGCUGAUAAAGAGGAUCAGGAUCAAGACAAGGAAGCUGAUCAAGAUAUCAGCAAUCAGAAGCCUAAAGAUGAAACAUCUAGUAAUGAAAAUAAUGAAAAAGUAGAAGAUCAGGGUCAACCCAAAGAAGCUGAUAAAGAAAUUGUUAAAGAGGAUCUUGAGGAUAAAAAACAAUAG